AUGUCUCGUAGACUGCGUAAACCUGAUCGUACUAUUAAAGUCAAUCAGCUGCAGUACAAUGGAAAUCAGUCGUUCUCUUCUGGUGUGCUCGACCUUCGAAUCUCUUCUUCAUGCACUUUCGUACGAAAUGAAAUUCUUCCUAAUACUCAAUUUAUUAACACUUUUAGUCUAUGUAAUUUAAAAUCCGGCAAUUAUCUUAGCGUCCCUCCCGGCUGGCUUUGUUACCUGGCACCGGAGAUUAUAAAGUUGCUGAAUCUAGACCACACCUUAGCAAACAACACUGCUGAGCUACCAUUUACAACUCAGUCAGAUGUUUUUGCCUUUGGGUCAGAGAUUCUUCUUCAGUGCUGGGCUUAUCAGGCCUCUAGACGACCCGAGUUUACCAGCUUGGUAAGGUCACUCGAUCGCCUUCCCAAGUUGCACCGUAGUCCGUCCUACCCGGCCAAGCCGCCCUCUGCCUCCAACUCCAGCUCACACGAUGCACUUAUCUCUUAG